UGAGAACAUUCUGGUGGGUGCGAAUCCUUUGAACAGCUAUUAGAGGCUGAGCAAAAAAAACAUUUUGUUGUGGGGUCCACACAAAUGAGACCUUAUCCUAAACUAACCAAUCAAACUCUAUUGCCAAUUACAUCCUAUUCUUCUGCCACAAAAACAUGGUCAGAAAUAUUGGUCUUAAAGUCUGUCAAUUCAUUUGCAAAUGAAGUGCAUAGCAUCUCACAACACCAUGGCACAUUCAUUAGCCCCAAGAUUACCAGCUGCUUCAAUCUCAACAUCACCAAAGAAGAAUGCCCAUCUCCCUUCUUGUUUGUAUUUCCACAAGGUGUUGUCUUGCCAACAAACCUCUUCUGAAAAAGGUCUAGGGCAAAAGCUCGUCACUCGCAGGAGUCUUGCAUUGAGCUUGGGAGGCGCGGUGUUGGGAUUGAAGGUGGGGGAGAGGGGCGCUAAUGCAGCGGCGAGGAGGCCUCCGCCGCCACCAGUAGAGGAGAAGAAGGAUCCCAAUGUGAGUGGCGUGAUGGCGAAAGUGUUGGCUAGCAAGAGAAGGAAAGAGGCCAUGAAAGAAUCCAUGGCAAAGCUAAGAGAGAGAGGGAAGCCUGUUGUUCAGAUUCAGGAGCCUUCGUCUGAAUAGAUGUCUCUGUGCUCAAUUCAUAUAUGUUCUCCUAAUAACAUCUUUAAUUCCUCCAAAUUCUUGUAUCAAUUAAAAUUCUCUAGAGAAGGGGGAUUUAGACCUUGCAAAGAGCCUUAAAGUGUGACAAUUACGAUUUUAUUGCAUAUGUUUUCUGGAGUCUAGUGUUUUCGUUUCAAAUUCCUAUUAUUAUA